UGUAUGUGAUAAAAAGAAGUUUAUUAUUUAAAAAACCAAUUUAUUUUUCAGUUUAUCCAAGUCCUGAGAACUGCGAUCAUUACGUCAGUUAUUUUAACUAUCUCCAUUGCUCUAUGUCCGCUUCACACCUGUUUGCUCUAGACACUUUGAGCUAUGAACACAUGAAUGGUUUCUAUGGCAACAUAAUUUCACAGCAAACAGUCGCAAACCAUUUUUACUUUCUUUUCAAGUGCCACUAAAACUUUAAUACCUCUUUAGGAUAGGCAGUAUAGUUUAUCUUCAAUAAUUAAUAUUCAUAAUUAGUUAAUAAUUCUAGUAAUUAAAAUUUUUACUUAUUAAAGUAAUAAAUAAAUUUGUUUUGUACUCAUCAAGUUCAUCCAGCAGUAAAAUGAAGAUUGCUAUUAUUAAUUACAUUUACUGUUUGAUUGCUUAAUUAAAACAAUGAGUGAAGGUGUAUUUUUUGUUUGCAUUACUGGAUCCAUAGAAUAUGGCGAGUUCUACGAAAUUGAUAAUGCAUAUUGUAAAUACGGCUAUCACUUUGGAUCAGAAUGGAAUGUUAUUGCAGGUAUCGAAGAAGGUUUAACACAAAUGAGCAAAUGUAGCAAUGAUGUUAGACGCCUGGCCAGCUGGAAUUUUCCUUUAGAUAUCACUUUUCGAGCUACAUUACCACAUGGAUGGCCUCAACUAGUAUUGUCGGUUUACGGAUUGGAUUUCUUUGGUCAUGAUGUUAUUAGAGGAUACGGAGUUUGUCAUAUACCUUUCACAUCAGGCCGGCAUGAAAAAAGGAUUCCUAUAUAUGUACCAGAGUCAUCAUCGAUACUGCAACAAUUUGCAGCAUGGAUUACUGGCAAACGACCGGAACUAAUUGAACCGUCAAUUCUGGCAUCUGGAAACGGAAGAGAAUUAACGCGAAUGAAAGUUCAGGGUGAAAUCGUGGUGACUUUCAACGUCGUUUUGAAGGAUUUUGCAAAAUUAGGUUACAUUAAUGGUGGUGAAAAAAGAUAUUGUCAAUAAAUAACUCCAAUCUAAGAAUUAUGACAGGAUUAAGUUUUUAAAAAUUCAGGCGUUAUCUUUUUUUCAACUUGAUAAGAGGAUAACUCGAUAACAGGAGUAAAAAGAUAAAGUAAAAAGGAUUAUAUUGAAAGGAAAGGUGGAAUUGAAUUUUUAAAUGUAAAAUAAAAAUGUGUAUUUGUUGUAUGUAGAAAUGGGAAAAUAUAGAAAACAAUUAA